UGUAUGUAGGCAGCAGUCCUCUCUCUUGUUCCAGUCUUAUUCAGUCUUCUUCUGCUGCACUGACUAGCUGAUUUCUUCAUUGCCUUGGAUUCUAAACAAAUGCCUCUACCAGGAUUGCGCUGCUGCUCAAUUGUAAAAGCAGCAUUUCCAGAUCUCAGUCCCACAUCACGGAGGGCGUGGGAGAUGUUUUUUUUUCUUCCUUUCCUCUUUCCUUUUUUUUUCUUCUUUUGAAUCUGACACCAAGGUGGGUGGAAAGCACAGGAAUGAAAAGCACAGAUCCAUCUCUCCCAGCAUCGUAUCUGUGGCUGCAGCUCAUGAGUGGGCGUCUGCAGGCACUGGUCCCAGUUAGUGCUGGAAGCAAAUCCUCGGUGUGGAGAGAGGCAGGGAUCUCCUGGAGAUAAGGCAGGAGGCAGGAAAAAUGGAACACAUGAAUAAAACAAACCAAGACAUGCCAUUCACUGACAUUCAGCUGCUGUCAUGGAAGAAAUCCAUAGAGAUGACAUUGCCCGUAAGAAACAUCCUCUCAGACUGAGGAAAAGAUUACCACAGGAUCACUUUUACCAGGAAUUCUGCAACACCCUCAGAACAUGUAGAACAUUGCUCUGCUUCAGCCUGUGUCAGUCCACUAAAAUACUCUGGGAUAUCUGGGGAUAUGCUUACAACAAACCUGGCCACAGCCAUGCAGAAAGUAUGGUAUUGGAAGAGAUCAAGACAUUUUUGACACAAAACCAACCAGACAAAACUCUGAAGUACACAUUGACCUUGUACAUGUCUUUCAGUCCUUGCAAUGAGUGCUGUUACAGACUGGCUACCUAUGCAAAAUUGGAGAGAAGAAUCAAAAUUAAUGUUAUGUUUUCCAAGCUCUACUUUCCUGAGCACAGAAAGAUUCAGAAAGGCCUGCAGUACCUGGAGUGUGCAGGAGUGUCCUUAAAGGUGAUGGAGAAACAGGACUUUGUCACAUGUUUCUAUUUGUUUGUUACCGAGCAUGAAGCAUUCCAGGAAUGGCAUUGUUUAGAUGACAUGACCAAGCAGUACUCCUCUACUCUGCAAGCCAUUUUGAAUCAGUGUGUAAAUCGCUCUGACUGUGGAAAAGACAGCCCAGGUCAUGGAGCAAAGGAAAACAGUCAUUAUCAACAUCUACUUCCAAGCCAAUACAACAUUCCUGCAGAAUCUUUGACUCCUGAACACCACACAAAACAUAUAUACUGUGAGGCUGAAACUCCAUGGAAAUGCAGUCUGAAUGAUCUUUCUAUAAGUAAUAUGAAAUCAGUUAAAAGGAAACUUUUUGAUGAAGAUUGAACUGUAUGGAAAUGAUGUAUUAUGUAAUGGCGUAAUAUGCGUAAAAUAUUAAUUAAAGCAUCAGGACAUCUCAUUUGGGCAGCAUGAGGGUACAGUGGUUAGCAUUGCUGCCUGACAAUACUGGGGCUCUGGGUGAAAUCCCAAUGGACUUUGUACAGUACAUACGUUUUCCCUGUGUUUAUGUGGAGUUUUUUUCCUUCCAGGUGCUUCAGUUCUCCUCCCCACAAUCCAUUCAUUAAUUAUGUGGAAAUUAACCCUGGUGUUAACAAAUGCAUGUUUGUGUCUGGGUGUACCCUGUGAUGUCUCAUCCAGGGUGUGGAAACUCGAGCCCCCAGAGGAAACCCACAAGGACACAGGGAAAACACACAAAACCUAAAUGGUAACCACUGCACCAUCGUGGCACCCGCUGCAGUAUCAUGAAUGAUAAUUCUCUGUAUGUGUGACACAGUGGCUAGAAAAGGGUUGCUUCUGACUUCCGGAAGGUUUGGGUCAUGUAAACACAUGCCAAACCGAACUCUUACCAUACCCGGGGAGUGGGUGUAGUUAGGGCUGGGCGAUAUGGCCAAAACCAUUAUCACGAUCAAAAUUUUCAUAUCAGUCGAUAUCGAUAAUUAUCACGAU